AUUUCAAAUUCUAGGUGACCGCCAUCGCCAUAGCGAAGAACCCUAAUUAGGGUUUAUGGUGUCCAUUCUAUCUAUGACGCAGUUUCUCCGUCCAGCGCUUGCGUCUCUUUCCGCUGCGGCAUUUGCUGGAUGCAUUGGAGCUAAGCAUGGAUGCAAGGCUCUUUGCUCGAUUCCAGAGCAAAAUCAAACGACCUUGCAAGCUGCUAUUGCUGCUGGGAAAGGUCCGACUUUGAUUGCUUUCUAUGCGGAUCAUCACGUCGUGCCUCUGCCGAAAGGACACAGGUUUCCCAUGGACAAGUAUAGAGCGACAAGGAUGAUCUUAGAAGAAGAUUUGCUACUGCGGAAUUUGCUCACUACUUUUCCAGCUCCAUUGGCAACUGAGAACGAGCUCUGUCUUGUUCACAGUGAAAGCUAUGUGCAACGAGUGUUUAGCGGUGAUUUGAACGAGCGUGAACAGAGAGAACUAGGCUUUCCAUGGAGUCGAGAACUUGUUGCUCGUUCUCGCUGCUCGUCCGGGGGAACGCUAGCAGCAAUGCACGCUGUCAUGCUCGGAUUGCGGAGAGCAGCUGCAAACAUUGCUGGUGGAACUCAUCACGCAUUUCCUGAGCACGGCGAGGGAUUUUGUGUUUUCAACGACAUUUCUGUCGCUGCAGUAGCUGCUCUGGAAGCUUAUCCAUCUCGUUGUAAUUUAGCUUCUCCAGUUCUGGUCAUAGAUCUCGAUGUCCAUCAGGGAAAUGGUACUGCUCAAAUAUUUGAGAACGAUAAAAGAGUGAUUACUUUCAGUAUUCAAGGAGCAAAUAACUAUCCAUGGCGAACCAGGAUGAAGUCUGACUACGAUGUGGAUUUACCAGACAAAACCGGUGACGAGGAAUACGUCUCAAUUCUCAAAGACUGGCUUGACAAGCUCUUCCAAAUUCACAGCCCCGGGCUCGUUUUCUUCCAGGCCGGUGUUGAUGCAUUGCGAGAGGAUAGUUUUGGUCGUCUCAAUUUGUCCAGGCAAGGUUUGCUCCAGAGAAACAAUUUGGUCUAUAGUUCUUGUAUGCAAUGUAGCGUUCCACUUGUGAUCACAAUGGGCGGUGGCUAUUCACGGCCACACACUGUAUCCGUCCAAGCUCAUGCCGAUGUGUAUCGCUCCGCUGCUCUCAGAUACGGCAUCGGGACACUAGCCACAGACUAGAACACAGAAGAAUCGCUCACAAAGUAAGCAAAAAGAAAAGAAACAAAACCACACUUUUAUUUUUCAAGGAAGCCGAGCAUGAUGGAGAAAACGUUGGAACUUCUACUUGGAUUUGGAGCAGCUCGUCGGGUAUCCAUCGAGCUUGCAGCGCUUGGGAAUGGUUGCCGCGACUGGAGCAUCG